AUGCAUAUACCAAAACCCUUCAAGAACCCGGCAUAUACGAAGAAUAGCACUCGCAGGACGCAGACAUUGAAGACGCUUCUGUCCCGCGAGAAAGAACGAGACAAGGCUGUCCGCGCCGAGUUGUCAAGACGGCGAACAGGAGUUGAUACGAUAGAAGAAGGGGCGGAUGCCAAGAUGGAAGAUGGCCAAAAGCAGGCCUACGACGGCGAGGACAGGAUGGACCUGGAUCCCGCCGUCAAGCGACCGGUCAUUCCCGAGUUUACUCUCGAUGAAGUGGACAUUUCCGAAGGUAUUAUGGACCCGGAUGACAUCCCAUCUUACUUCUCCAUCGAAGCACCACCGUCGUUUAUCCCAAUGAAGCGUUAUUGCGACAUUACUGGUUUAGAGGGCCCUUACAAGGAUCCAAAGACGGGAUUACGCUAUCAUGAUCUUGGGGUCUACAACUAUAUUCAGGGCUUGAACCCCGCGACGAUUCAGGCUCAUCUCUCGAUUCGUGGUUCCUCUGGAACUGUUAUCAAGUAA